GCGGCCGGCCUUGCCGCUGUCGCUGCUGCUGCUUCUGCGGUAGCCGGUCCCGGUGCGGGGAGGCUAGUGGGCGGACCAAUAGACGGACGCACACGUAGGAACGCUGCGCCCCCCCGGCCCCGCUCCAGCGCCGCCGCCCGCCCCCAGGCCGCCGGUUCAGCCACCACUCGUCCCGGUGCUGCUCGGCGCCCCGGUUCGCCAUGCGCCCCGCCGCUGUCCUGGCGCUUCUGCUCUGCGCGGGGCAAGUCAUUGCCCUCCCUGUGAACAGCCCUAUGAAUAAAGGGGACACUGAGGUGAUGAAGUGCAUCGUUGAGGUCAUCUCUGACACACUGUCCAAGCCCAGCCCCAUGCCUGUCAGCCAGGAGUGUUUCGAGACACUCCGAGGAGAUGAACGGAUCCUCUCAAUCCUGCGACAUCAGAACUUGCUGAAAGAGCUCCAAGACCUCGCUCUGCAAGGUGCCAAGGAGAGGUCACAUCAGCAGAAGAAACACAGCAGUUUUGAGGAUGAGCUCUCAGAGGUUCUGGGGAAGCAGGACGACCAGGCCGAUGUGAAGGAGGUGCCUGGAGAAGCAUCCCCCAGGGACGCUGCCGAGAAAAGAGGGGAUUCUGAAGAGGCGAAGAGUGGCGAAGACACGGAUGGGGCCAGGCCCCAGGCCUCCCCAGAGCCGGGGCAGGAGUCCCAGGUUGAGGACAACCAGGCCCCAGAGGAGGAGGAGGCCGCCAACACCCCCCACCCAGCAAGCCUCCCCAGCCAGAAACACCCAGGCCCACAGGCCAAGGGGGACAGCGAGGGCCUCUCCCAAGGUCUGGUGGACAGAGAGACGGGCCUGGGUGCAGAGCAAGAGCAGCAGGCAAAGAGAGAAGAGGAGGAGGAGGAGGAGGACACAGAGGCUGGAGAGAAGGCUGUCCCUGAGGAGGAAGGCCCCACCGCGGCAUUUAAGCCCCACCCAAGCCUUGGCUACAAGGCGCUCCGGAGGGGCAAGAGUUGGUCCGAGGCUCUGGCCGAGGGUGGAGCCAGGAAGACUGGGGCGGAGGAGGCGCGGGAGCACUCCCAGCAGGAGGAGGAGGAGGCGGCGGCGAUGGCCAGGGCCCCUCUGGGCCCCCUCAGGGGCGGGAAGAGCAGGGAGCAGGAGCAGGAGGAGCGGCUCUCCAAGCAGUGGGAGGAGGCCAAGCGGUGGAGCAAGAUGGACCAGCUGGCCCAGGAGCUGACGGCCGACAGGCGGCUGGUGGCGGAGGACGAGGAGGACGACCCUGACCGCUCCAUGAAGCCCGCCUCCAGGGCCCGGGCCGAUGGCUCCCGGGGCCCUGGGCUGCAGCUGCGACGAGGCUGGAGGCCGUCCUCCCCGGAGGACAGCGUGGAGGGGGGCCUGGCCCUCCAGGUGCGCAGCUACCCGGAGGAGAAGAAAGAGGAGGAGGGCAGUGCCAACCGUAGACCGGAGGACCAGGAGCUGGAGAGCCUGCUGGCCAUUGAGGGGGAGCUGGAGAAGGUGGCCCACCAGCUGCAGGCGCUGCGGCGGGGCUGACGUGCCAGCCGGCCCCAUCAGCCAGGGCUCCGAGGCACCCUGUGGUCCUGGCUCUGUCGUCCCCUUUGCAGGUCCUGGCCAGACGGCCUGGGCGCUGCUUCUGGUAGGGAGGCUGGGCCCAGCCCACCCUCCUGCCCCCACAUCCUUUCCUCCUUCACCCCUGCCCCUAUGCACCCCUCUGUAGGGCUGACCCCUAUGACUUUUAAAUGAUUACCUUCUCUCUGAACACAGGCAGCUCUCUAGAAGUUUCCUUUCUACCAUCAGAGCCAUUGGCACAACUGCAGUAACUUCCGAUCUUUGGUGAAAGCUGAGAGCUCCUACCUGUAAUGUACUCUGUAUGAAAUUUAUCUAAGGAGAAAUAAAUCUGCUCUGGGCUCUUU